AAACCCGGGUCUCUCUGGACCACAGGCUGAUGCUCUAACUGCUGAGCCAAACCAUCCAGGGCUAAUUUCUGUCUUUCUUUCAUGCCCUAAUCUGUCUUCCCUUAUAACCUUUCUGGGUCUGGUAUGGCCAGAAUAUGUGUUUGCCUUGAGAGGCAGGAGACCAUGGAGGGACUUUUCGGGCACUGGGUUCCUCUGGGAAAUUAAUGCUAAUUAAUCUCAUCUCUUUGCCUCAGUCUCCUCCUCAUAGAUACCAGAGGCACACACUCACCUGUAACUUCGAUUUGCUUCAUUUCAUAUUCAGGGUGUCUUAACAAGCAGAACGGGAUGUGCGAUUUGAGGGGAGGCACCGUGCCAGACCCAAAAUAGCUCCCUCUUAAACAGGUGCAAAGGUGCUUGAGAUUCCACCGUUAUAACCCACUCUCUUGGGAGGCGGCCAGACUGCCACUCCUCCUGCUAUGAUGCCUGGGCAGAUCCCGGACCCUUCCGUGACUGCGGGCUCUCUGCCAGGGCUCGGCCCCCUGACCGGACUCCCCAGCUCGGCCCUGACUGCAGAGGAGCUGAAAUACGCCGACAUCCGCAACAUCGGGGCCAUGAUCGCCCCCUUGCACUUCCUGGAGGUGAAACUGGGCAAGAGGCCUCAGCCGGUGAAAAGUGAGCUAGACGAGGAAGAGGAGCGGAGGAAAAGGCGCCGGGAAAAGAACAAAGUGGCGGCAGCCCGAUGCCGGAACAAGAAGAAGGAGCGGACGGAGUUCCUGCAGCGGGAAUCCGAGCGGCUGGAGCUCAUGAACGCGGAGCUGAAAACCCAGAUCGAGGAGCUGAAGCAGGAGCGGCAGCAGCUCAUCCUGAUGCUGAACCGACACCGCCCCACCUGCAUCGUCCGGACCGACAGCGUUAAGACCCCCGACUCAGAAGGCAACCCGCUGCUGGAGCAGCUGGAGAAGAAGUGACCAUGGGCUGGGAGGAGGAGAAGGAAGAGGAGGAGAGACUGAGAGGGAAGAGGAGGAGGGUCGCGGAGGGCUCUUCCUUGCUGCGUGAAAAACUCUUCAGUGAGGCUCAGCACAGCCAGCAUCGGCCGGGCUUUUUUUGUGAAAUUCAGAUCAGCCACACCAGGGGAAGAACAGGCUGAUGAAACCCAGGACCAAGCGCUGAGACCAAAGUAGCCCCGAGGGUGGGGCUGUCCUGCCUGGGGCUAGGCUUGAAGGAGGCAGGACAGAGGCUCUGGGCCAGAGAGAAGCCCAACCAGGCAGCUGUGGGCACCUCUCUGGCCUCUCGGCCAGGACACCCACCCAAAGGACCUCCGAGCAGCCAGGAAGAGCCAUGAGUUGCAACCAAAAUUCGGCUGAGGAUGGAACUGCAAUCUGCCUGCCCCCAGCCCUGCCCCUACCCCUGCCCCUGCCCCCAGGGCUAGGCUGGAGAGGGGCACAGGGCCAGGCCCUGCUGUACCCACCCACCAUGGUCCAGCAGGGCCCUGCCGGAGCGGCAGCCGGGGCGCACCCUCGCCGGCCCUGCUGGAGUUGCUGUGGGCACGCGGCGCGGGCGCCCUUCCAAAGCACACUCACUGAAUGUUUACAGACUGGCUGUCCUGGCAGGGCUUUCAACUGCACAUGUUUUUUAUACUUUCUUUUUUUUUUUUUUUAAUAUUUUUUACAAAAAAAAGAUUUUAUACAAGCAAUAUAUAUAUGGAUUUCUAUAAUCACUCGAUGUGAUGCAGUAUAAAUAUGCUAUGGUUUGUUUGUUACGAACAGAUAUUCAGCAGUUAUGGCCGUUGUGUGUAACUCCUAAGUACUGUAGUCUCUGGGGGUGGGGGGGUGGGGGUGGGGGUGGGGUGCAUUUCCAUCCUGGUAAACCCUUCAUAGUACUCAGUCCUGUAUCGCUCAGUAAACAUUACUCGUACUUA